GAGACUCUACUGUAGUCUACCUUUAUGAUGUGCCUCUCUUUUCUGUGAGCGCUUGCCCGUGCAUCGCAUGAUAUUCUUACGUUCUAUCUAAUUCCCAAAAUGGCUGGAACUAUUUCGAAAAAACGCAAGUUUGUACAAGACGGAGUUUUCCGUGCUGAGUUAAACGAGUUUUUGACUCGUGAACUCGCUGAAGAUGGUUACUCUGGUGUGGAAGUGCGUGUCACUCCCCAAAGAACUGAAGUCAUCUUGAUGGCUACCCACACCCAAAGUGUUUUGGGAGAGAAAGGACGUAGGAUAAGGGAGCUUACGUCUCUUGUCCAAAAGCGUUUUGGUUUCAAGGAUGGAAGCAUUGAGCUUUAUGCUGAGAAAGUAGCCACCAGAGGAUUGUGCGCUGUAGCUCAAGCUGAAUCUUUGAGAUACAAGCUGAUCGGUGGAUUGGCUGUCCGUAGGGCAUGCUAUGGAGUACUCCGCUUCAUCAUGGAGUCUGGUGCUAAGGGUUGCGAAGUAGUCGUCAGUGGCAAACUUCGUGGUCAACGUGCCAAGUCGAUGAAGUUUGUUGAUGGUCUCAUGAUCCACUCUGGUGAGCCCACCAACGAAUACGUGAACACUGCCACACGCCACGUAUUGCUCAGACAAGGUGUUUUGGGAAUCAAGGUCAAAAUUAUGUUGCCUUGGGAUCCAGCAGGCAAGAACGGACCCAAGAAACCACUUCCUGACAAUGUUAUUGUCCAGGAGCCCAAAGAAGAGCAGGUGUAUGCUGCCCCUGUUUCUGAAGUUAAAAUGGCCCCGCCAGUAGCACUGCCAGUGGCCCCACAAAUGGCUGUUGCUUAAAUUUGUAAUAAAUAAUUAUAAUUUAUACUUGA